AUGACAUCUCGGAAGCGCACAUCUGACUCCGUUGCUGGAUCUGAUGAGGAUCGUUCCAAGAAGCCCAGGAUCAACACUGUUGCGAAGACCGAUUCGAACGGAGAUCGCUAUUGGGAAAUUUCCAAAAUGCGCCGUGUUACUAUCUCAUCUUUUCGUGGGAAGACGCAAGUCAAUGUGAGAGAAUACUAUGAAAAAGAUGGACAAGAGUUGCCAGGCAAGAAGGUGAGUGAUCAAUAUGAUAUGACUUUGCGAGAAAUUGUGCUAAAACUAUAA